AUGGAUAAUAAUUUUUUUGGAGACAACUUCGUAAAUAAAAAUGGCCCAUGCAAAAUCAAAUUGUCAGACAUGAAAGUCGUAGUUCUAUACUUUUGUGCAAGUAUAUAAAUUGUUAAUCCAAGGCUGGUGCCCGCCUUGUGUGAACUUUACACCUACUCUUGUUGAGUUUUAUAAUGAUGUGAAUUUGGAAACCAAAUAACUAGAAAUUAUUUGGGUAUCUUAUGAGGAAUCAGAAAGCCAAUUCAAAAAGUAUUUAGAAGAGGUACAGACAUUAAAUAAUUUAAAGAUGCCUUGGCCAGCCAUCCCUUAUAAUGAUAAGAGAAUCUAGUAACUGGUGGAUAAAUAUGAAAUUAAAGGAAUUCCUACAGUGACCGUAUUAAGGAAAAAUGGAGACAUAGCAAAGAAAAAUGGGAAAUAGGAUAUUCUAAAAGAAGGAGAAGGUGCUUAUAAUUUAUGGGAAUAAUUGGUGAAUAGUGAGUGA